UGAGGUUGUGCUUAGAGAUUAUAUGUAAAUCCAACAUGGCGGACAGUGAAGUCGUCGCAACACCGUCACCGGAAAAUAAUUCCACUAACGACCAAGUUGCUGGUGAAAAUGGACAGCCUCAAGAACAAGCUCAAGCCCGUCCAGGAUUCUUUGGUAUUUUGAAGUCUUUGAUUGUGCGAAUGGUGUUUAUCUACAUGAUCAGUAGCUUCUUCAGAAGACCUAGUACAACACCAGUCCAGUCUGAGGAUGGACAAGCAGCAGUACCCUACUCAGAAAAUAUUUAUCCCAAAGACACUUUAAUGGACCUGUUUGUAUAUAUAUCAUUACAAGAAGAAUUCACAGACUUCAACAAUCCUCAGAGCUUGUUCUGGCAGCAGAAAGGCCUGAUGUACGGAGACUGGACUAGUGGUGUUGAUGGUGAUGGUAGCUUUGUUCAAAGUGGACAGAUACCUACUCCAGAGGUCGUGCAAAACAAUGGAUCAAUAUAUUUGCAUGUAUACUUUGUCCGGUCAGGAAAAUCACCCAAUCCUGAAGACAAGGCACAGUACUCUCGGCGAACAACUGUCUACAAAUCUAUGAGAUUGAACAAAUUUAAAAAAAGGAAAUUCCACAAUACGGUGAAUCUGCUGACGGGCCAAACAGAUGUACACCCUGACCUUAUCCAGAAAAAUGUGUCCUACGAGAUCCUGUCUCACUGGCAUCCGAACCUGACGAUUAAUCUACUGGACGAUCACUCGCCCUGGAUGAGGGGCUCCAUUCCUGCCCCUCUUAACGAUUUUGUGGAGUUUGUCCCAGGUACCAAUAAGUACUUUCCUGUCCUUUAUUUUAACCAAUACUGGAAUCUCAACACAGACUACCAACCCAUCAACUCCACUGUCGAGGUGCUGAACCUGACAUUGACCUACUCACCGAUUUCCUUGCUGCGUUGGCAGAUGUACGCCGCCCAGGGAAUGAGGAGUAAGUGGUAUGCCAACCUGGGAAUGGACUUCAUAGAGGACAACGAUGAGGACCAGGAUACUAUUAAGACGGCUUUCCUGGAGACAAACCCAUACCUGCUAGCUCUUACAAUUAUUAUUUCUAUUGUACACAGUGUGUUUGAAUUCCUCGCAUUUAAAAACGAUAUCCAGUUCUGGAAGAAUCGUAAGUCCCUCGAGGGCCUGUCUGUACGCUCUGUCUUCUUCAACGUUUUCCAGUCUCUGAUCGUUGUUCUCUACGUCCUCGACAACGAAACCAACUUUAUGGUGCAACUUAGUGUUAUAGUUGGAUUAGGAAUUGAGAUUUGGAAAAUACACAAAGUUGUUAACGUGAAGGUUGACAGAGACAACCUUAUAAUGGGAGUGAUACCACGUCUUUCAUUUGAUGAUAAAUCUACUUAUACAGAAUCUCAAACAAAGAAAUAUGAUAUGAUGGCAUUUAAAUACUUAUCAUGGGCACUGUUCCCACUACUAGGUGGUUAUGCUGUGUACAGUCUCUUCUACCAGGAGCACAAGGGCUGGUACUCCUGGGUACUGUCUAUGAUGUACGGGUUCCUCCUCACGUUUGGUUUUAUUAUGAUGACACCUCAGCUGUUUAUCAACUAUAAGCUGAAGUCGGUGGCACACCUUCCAUGGAGGAUGAUGACCUACAAAGCACUCAAUACAUUCAUAGAUGAUAUAUUUGCCUUUGUGAUCAAAAUGCCUACACUAUACCGUAUAGGCUGCUUCAGAGAUGAUAUUGUGUUUUUUAUUUUCCUGUACCAACGCUAUAUAUAUAGAAUUGAUCCAAAGCGUGUUAAUGAAUAUGGAACAAGUCAAGAGAUGUUUGAUCAGAAUGGAACUGCAAUAGUGAACGAUCAAAACAGUGUUCCAAUAAAGAAUGCAGAAAGUAGCCAAUCAGAGUUAGCCUCUGAUACCAGUCCAUCUGAGGAGACUAUAGCUGAACCAAAGUCAGAAGAGGAGAAGAAGAACGAUUGAUGUUAGUUAGACAUAAAGAACAGAAAUCCGUAUUUAACAAUUCAAAAUAUAUGUAUAUAUAUCGAUAUAUAUAAUCUGUAUAGAUAUUAGAAUUUGAGAUAAUGUAGAAAUGCCAAGAGGUGUUAUAAUUUAGAAAUGCCAAGAGGUGUUAUAGUUUUAAGUUAUUGAGUCUUUUUUUGGUUUGUUUUAUCCCAGGUUUUAACCCCGGGCUAUUCCACUAAAAUGUCUACUCAAUUGGGGGACUCCAAUUUUGUCAAAUGUGGAACCAUCAGAAGAUGAUUAAAACAACACCACCUAGUCCGCCUCUCCAUCACCCACCAUUCAUAUAAUUACUUUAUUUCUGAAGUCCUCCUGUUGGGUAUAUAUUUUUGAUGUCAUAGUCCACACCUGGCUCAAAGGGUCAAGUGAGUUUAUGUCAUAGUGUGGCAUCUAGCAUCCACCUUUUUUCAAACAACUUCUUCUUAAGAACUGAUUUGUGAAGAGUCAUGAUGUUUGGCUGGUAGUUUAAUGGGAUGAUGUCAAAGGAACAUAACAUAAUAUUAUAAGAUAUAAACUUAACCCAUAUUCAAGGUCAUAGGUGUCGGAUGUGCUAAAACAUCUUCUAAUCAUUCAAAAAACCUAGAAUAUGUAAUGAUAUUUUGUCUGCAUCUUGUUUUGUUGAUUUACAAAGCUAAGGUAACCAAAGUUCAAUUUUUACUUGUUGUUUCCUCGAUGAAUAUAUAUUUUUUCAAACUUUGAAAGUCAAAUGAGAAAGGGUCGAUCAGUUAUGAUAUUUAUUUUUGAAUGUUGAUCUAAAGAAAUUUCAAUUUUACCCACUUUGAAGGUUACAGUUAUGAAAUGACUUUUCAACUAGCAUCAAAAACCUUACUUUGAUUAAAUUUUACCUGUAAAAAAUAUAUAAAUAUUGAUUGCCAAUAAUUUUCUUUAAAUAUCAUACAAUAUACAUAAUUUGAAUCAAUAUACAAAAAUUAAAUGAUAUCUUCCUUAACAUAACAUCAUGUGGAAAUCAAAUUUCAAAACCUCCUGGACAUUUCCCACAAUAACAACAGUCCUAUGACCCAGAAUAAAAAUCAAAACUAGUGUCUGCCCCUAGAUCACUUAUCUAGGAGUUGGACCCUAAGGUUAAUUUCUCAUUCUGGGUCAUAGGACUGUGUCAAGCUCCUGUGACAAGACACAUAUCUUAAUUCAAGUUAAUAAAAGUGUUUAAAAUGAAUUUUAUAUAAUGCUUAGUCAUCACAGCAAAGUUGGGUUGGCUUAUUACCCGACAUAGGUUUAGUAUGAUAGUAUUGUUUUUCAGUCAAUUAUUGUGUCCGGUAUGUUUUUUUGUGUGUGUUUCAUGUGUGAUUGUGAUUUCAUUGAACAAAUUGUUAAAAACUUUUGUUUUGCUCAUCAUUGUUACAUUGCUGGUUGGGGAUAUAUGUCACGAACAUUUCUCUUAUUUUUGAUAAAUGAGAAUCUGUUUGAAUGGGUUUGUGUUUUAAUUAUUGAAGAAUGUACAGGUGCUUCAUAAUUCUCUACAAAUGAAAUUAACUUCCAUGUUGUGUACAAUUAGAAUCUGCAUUAAAACUGUGUAAAAGUGGUACAGUGAGUUUUUGAUAAUUUAUAACUCCAAUUUGCACACUUCAUGUAUGACACACGUUUAGUUCACUGGAGCCAAAGAUAAAAAAAAAAUGUCUGGUUUUAACCACUUUUCAUUUGGAGUCAUAGGUCGCCUCGGUAGUUCAUUUUCUUACACAUUUCUUGGUAUUGUUUAUUUUUGAUUGGACAAUAUUAAAUCUGAAUGGAAAUUUUGAUACCUGUAAAUUGAUUGUUAAAGUUUGAAGAUUUGAAGGGAAAAAAUCUUUAGGCAAAGAUUUCUAGAAAUCGAUAACUACAAUUCAUACAUGGAAAGUUAAUUUAUUCAGGAGUGUUUUUAAAAGUCAUCGUUAUCUCAUCACUUUUUACUUCAGUGUUUAUGUUGCCUCUCCCAAUGAGUGCAAAACUGGAUAAUCCAGUAGUUAUAGUGUAGGCAGACAUCUGUCUACUUGUUUGUAUGUCAAGGUAGAUCAUUGUGUCAUGAUCAAAGGUCAUUCAAGUCAUACAACAAUAUUGUAUGAUUUUGUAGGGAGGAUAACUCCUAUCAAAUUUUAGGGUCAAAGGUCAAAAAGACCAUAUAAUAAAGUUGUAAGCAGAAAACUGGAACCAUGGAAGAUAAAUCCAACUUGACAUUGUGAUUUCCCUUUAUCAGAGGUUGAUCCUAAUUCUUAAGCUCGCCUCUCCAAGGGAUGGGGAUCUUAUGUUGUCGCUGCGGCGUAAGUGUUAGUUUCUAAAAGUUACGUUUUUGGUUCAAUUGUUGAAAGGCAUCAGUAACUCCUGUAUAAUUGUACUAGGGUUCUAAUAUUUGGUUUGAGGGUUGCUGUGACGAAUUAACUAUUAUGGAGUCAAAAUAUGUUUCAUAAUAAUGUUAAUUUUAAUGCUUUCUACGAGGCAAAACCUAAUUCAAACUAUGUCUAUUUUACUUUAAAUAUUGCAAUAUUUUUUUUGUUGAAAUAUCAGUAUGUAUUGAAAUAUAGAUUCCAGUUGGUGAGCCCACCUCCUAAUUCUUCUGUGAGGUAUAUUGAUAUACAGUGUGAGGCAUGUUUAGUACUGAUGACGGUACUCUUGUUUAAGUUAUGUUGAUGUGUUUGAACUAAGUGUUGAUAUAAAGUUAUAUUCCAGAAUGCUGAUUCUUAUCCAGAAAUUCUACAAAUAUAUGCACUGAAAUGUUAGUCAGUGCAAUUAUUUUUUUAAGAAAUGGUAAUUUUUUUAAAACAGAAACAUUAUGUCACAUCUUGACUGUAUAAAUCCUUUUUUUUUUACAGUAACAACCAAAGAAGUAUAAUAUAUUUGACAGAAUUUACAACCCUUGUUAUUUUGUAAUGUUCUAUGUUUACCUGAUGGGCAUGUCGACUAUUAUGUCUAUAUAACGGAUCUCAAACCAAAAUGUUAAUUCUGUAUAAAAGUGGUCGGAUACAUUGAAAUAAAACAUUAUAUACUGGGAAACUUUAACUACUGUUUUAACUUUUGCUAUUUUUGUCAUCAACCAGGUAAGAAGUUUACAAUAUGAGGAUUCACUUUUUUCUUGGCAUCUCGCAAAUGGGCAGUGCAUAUUUUAAAACGGGUCAACUAUAUAUUUUUUUGUCUUUCAGCGAAAGUUCCCAGUGCACACUGAAAGUCUUAAAAUCUAGUCCAUUUAAACAACAGUGUAUUUAUUGCUUUUUAGAUCACCAUCAUUGAUAUUCACUGGUUCUGUCCACUUCUAUAUAAAACAGCCACUGACUAUUAUCAUACCUUCAGUCGUUGAUACUACAUACGAUAUUGUCCAGCCAUUAUUGUUCCGCCUCAUGCUGUACUCAUCACUUCCUUUUUGUGUAUACUGGUAAUUUCAAACGGAGGAUAUUUUUACCUCAAUGUGUUCUAUUGUGCAAUGAUUUAAACCGAUGUUAUUUUCCAUGUUUCCCGGCCUAUUUGACAUGUGAUAUGUUGUAGUGUAUUUGUAGUUUUAUACCAGAUGUAGUGAUAAGCUGUACCGUACAUGUACUUGUAUUUUCAUUACAUGUUACUGGCCAAAAUUCCAUCAAAAGUGUUUCAGCAUCAUCAUGUAUACUAAAUAAUGUGGUACUAUUUUUUACCUGGCUACACCUGUACAUUGUACCAUUGUAGAUGUCUCAAGCACAAUACAUACCUGUUUUCACUGCCUCAGAACAAAACUCGCUGAUGUACACAAUUUCCUGUUUGAGAGACAUUGAAUUUGGCAUUUUAAUUUCAAGCAAAUGCUUCUAUAGAAAUUAAAUUUUCACUGACAAAAAUAUCUUCUUGGCAAUAUGGUAGUUAUAUUAUCAAUAGAUCCUGACCUUUAGUGGAAGCCAUGUUUGUAUCCAAUGUAGUGAAAUAUGUGCUGGGAGAGAGGUUUUGGUAUUAUGAUUGAAUGGAUAGUUUAUGAGGCACAUGUAGGGCCGAGUGUCCAUAUUGAAUUGAUAGUUUGUGAAGCACGUUUAGGGCCGAGGUGUCCAUAUUGAAAUGAUAGCUUAUGGGGCACGUGCCAGGCUGAGUGUCCAUAUUGAAUUGAUAGUUUGUGAGGCAUGUGUAGGGCCGAGGUGUCCAUAUUGAAAUGAUAGAUUGUGAGGCACGUGUAGGGCUGAGUGUCCAUAUAUAAACUGUUUUGUCGUCUGUAUGUUUAAAGUUGUUCUAAAGAUUGAUUAUAAAUCAGUAAAAUGUAAAGUGUCGAUGAUGUAUAAUUGUAGAAAAACAUGUAAACAGAUCUGCCGUGAUAGAUGUGCUGUCAUUAAUGUGUUAGGAAAUAUGGCUAAAUGAUACAGGUGGUUGAGAAGCAGAUAUGUAUAAAAGAAGACUGGCCACAGCUAUUGCUAUAAUGUACCUUGACGGUACCCUAGAUCAACAUUAACAAUGAGAAUAUUGUAGUUUAAUAAGUAGAGCCAGAUAUUAUGUACUGUAGAUGUGUUAUAUAAACAGAUGAAGGAAU